AGAAAUAUGAUCAGAAAAAUAGGUUUUGGGAAUGGAGGCACAUGAAAGAUAUAUUUUGUAUACUACAGAAAAAUAGUUGCACUGGAAAACAGAGGAAACAUUCGGGGGAAAAGUUGACCAAGAAUUCAAGAAAUGAGUAGGAGUACCAUGAAUAAACUACAUUUAUUUAUUGAACCAUGAAAGGAAUACAAAAAUCAAUAAUAGAGAAAGAGAGAAAGAGAAAAAGAAAAGAUAGAGACGGUGAAUAAAACUGCCACAAUUUCUAAAGUUGAACUUUGGCAUGUGACUCAUCAAGUGCAAAUAAACCGAUUGAUUUGAAAAUGAAUUUUAAAAGAGAGGCGAUAACAAUCUAAACAUCUUUCUGUCUAUGCAAGCAAGCGUAACGGGCGCACAGUUUGAAAUGGUUAUUCAGAUAUCAUAGUUUAUUGUUGUUGUUGAAGUUUUUUGUUUUGUAUUGGGUUAAAGACAUAUGGUGAAGUGAGCAAGCUUUUGAAGACACCGUCCAAUGAGUCUGAAUAAUAGAAUACCUUGGACCAAAGAAUGGGACGUCUUUUUCACCCCGAAAGAAAGUUGUAUAGAGGACAUAUUCUCUGAUGACUGAUAAUUGUCUCAUAAUGGGGUCUUCAGUGACGUAUGCAGCGUGACUCCAGUCUUUUCUUUGCUUGUUUAUUACCCCUUCAUAUGAUCUGUGGUGACACUUAUUUUCGUGUCAGAGUCGACUUCAUAAGGACGUGUGUCCCACUUUUUGUUCAAAUCUGGUCUAAUCUUUGAUCGUCAAUACCUUUGCUACCAGCUUUGAGGAUGUUCCUGUGAAGCCAUUAAUGUGUUGGUUAACCAAUUGAUGAUGUGUGAUGUUUGACACAACGGAUCGGAAUGCAAGGUUCAAUGUUACAUUACUCAUCUCGCCAUAGCUUUUCGUGGAGAUUUAAAACAAUUUUUAAGCCUCAUUGAUUCCUGCACAUGGUGUUAAAGAUGGUAUUGCUCUUGUGUAGCGCAUACAUACAAACUGUCGAGACCUCUAUGUUUAUCUUUGUAGCCAUCAGGACAGCUCUGACUGGUAGAUCUCUGUCAUCCUUCAGUACUUGACAUGUUUAUGAUUAGACUGUGAUGCUGAUAUCAUACAUGUGAUGGAAUAGGAUACGUCCUCGAAAGAUUAAAUGUAUGAAACGGAACUUGCAUGUAUGUGUUAGUUAUAAUAAAACGGAACUUAAUUUGUCAGUGUAUGGUGAAACGUAAGACGAAGAGAAAUAAAUAACUGAAAAGUUUAUCCAAGACCAUUAGGUGUGUUACGAGUAUCAAAUUACGGCGGCUAUCGAAUUUCAGCACUAAUUGCCAUGGCAACGCAACACUUCUGUGAAACCUGUGAUUGAGAGGAUUCUGUUGUGAAUAUAUUUAGAAUUUUGCUGGUGGACGGAACUUGUGGAAACUCUCGCUGGUUUUACUUCCGGGAGUUGCAAGAGCUCAUUUCAAAGGAUUUUAUAUACUGAGAGUGAGAUUAACAGAUAAGCAGUGAUGAACAUAACCAUGGCCAAGCUAACUGGUAUCCCGAAUCGUAUGAAAAAGGCUCUGAAGCGGACAAAGAGCGUAGGUAAAUUUGUAGAACCACCACGUCAGCAACCCUUCAGACCUACAAAGGAAGAUAUAGAGGAAUGUGGAAGCAGCCCCGUCAUGUUUGGGUCUCACAUCAAAUCCUCGCGGUCCCAUGAGUCCCUUAACUUGGGGCAGCAGUCAUCGUUGGACGUCAUCGACCUCGCUGGCAACGACCUGGUGGUCAGACCUCUCCAUUCCAGCAUCCUAGGCCAGGACCAUUGCUUUCAGAUCAAGACCUCAUUAGGAAGCAAGUACUACUCCUGCCGCUCAGCAAGCGAGAGGGACAAAUGGAUAGAGAGCAUAUUGAGUGCACACUAUCCUGACAAAGAUGAGAGAAGAAGAACAGACUCCUCUCUCAACAUCUGGGUGGUAGAGGCAAAGAACAUCCCUCAAAAGAAAAAUUGGGAUGGAAGAGAGUACUUCUGUGAGAUCUGUCUUGAUGAUAGUCUCUAUGCCAGGACCACGCCCAAGCAGCGGAAUGACAUGGUCUUCUGGGGGGAACAGUUCACAUUCAAAUGCUUGCCAGCUGUUGAGGCCAUCAAUGUACAUGUAUAUAAAGAGAUAGAGAAGAAGAAGAGAAGAGACAAGAACUAUAUAGGGCUAGUCUCAAUACCAGUCAACAUGGUUAAUAGUAAAACAACAGUAGAAAGUUGGUAUCGUGUGACCGGCCCCAACUUCAGGGGGGAGAUCCCUUCGUUACGAAUAAAAGCUCGCUACCAAAACAUCUCCAUUCUACCUAUCAACCAGUACUCAGAAUUAGCACAGUACUUGAAAGAACACUCAGUGACCCUAUGCCAGAGGCUUGAGCGAGACAUCAAUGUCAAGGCGAAAGAAGAGGUCGCGACCUCGCUGAUGAAGAUCCUCCAUUGCCUGGGAUCAGCCAAGGAAUUCAUGACAGAGAUGGUCAUGAAUGAAACAGAAGGCAUCAAAGAUGAAAGUUUGGUCUUUCGGGCAAAUACCAUGGCAACGAAGUCUAUGGAGGCAUACAUGAAGCUCAUUGGAGGGAAGUACCUGCAAGACACCCUGGGUGACUUCGUCCAGUACCUUUAUAUGACCAACGAGGACUGUGAGGUGGACCCUACCAAGGUGCUAACUGGAACGGUGGUACAGCAUCAAGAGUCAUUGAUGGUUAUGUGUGAGAUGGCCUGCUGCAAGAUACUCAACUCCUCAGCUGCCUUCCCGUCUGACCUCCGAGCCAUCUUCCACCAGCUUAGAGAGCGCUUCACAGAGCGCAUCAACGGGGACGAGGUGUGCUCUAAGCUUAUCAGUGGUUGUAUAUUUCUGAGGUUCCUAUGUCCGGCCAUCAUGUCACCCAGUCUCUUUGAGCUCAUCCAGGAGUAUCCCAACGAGAAGACGUCAAGGUGUCUAACUCUCAUCGCAAAGACCGUUCAAGCCCUUGCCAACUUCACCAAGUUUGGAACGAAGGAGAACUACAUGAAAUUCAUGAACGAGUUCUUAGAACGAGAGUGGGGUAACAUGAAGGUCUUUCUUCAAGAAAUAUCGAGUGCCACAGAUAAGAGCCAUGCUGUCAAGUUCAGUGGGUACAUUGAUCUAGGUCGAGAGCUUGCCUUAACCCAUUCGUUGCUGAGCGAGGCCCUGGAGAAUAUUAAAAAGCCAAGCAACGAUGAGCUGAGUCCUCUACCAAGCAUCUUGGCCAAGAUUUCUGACCAACUCAGUGAACCUGAAAAGUUCAUCCCCUAUCAGUCAACUCAUGUCGAGAUUGACAACACGGUGACCAGUACAACAUCAACGACCACCACCAGCACCACCUCCUCAUCGUCCACAUCAUCAGCAGCUGCUACACAGGCUAAGAAGAAUCUGAGUAAGAUAUUUGAAGAUGCGGAACCCUCAACGGCAGGUGACGUUGAGAUGCUGCCUCCGUACGAGGUCGCCAUGGACAAGACGAUCACAAAGUCGUCAACCAUCAACAGCCUUGUGGACUUCAUCCAGCAUGACAGUGGCCCUGCAACGUUGAUCUCCAAACUGAACAGCAGAGUGAUGAAUGCAAGGAACGGCAGACAGCCCGAAAUGGUGGUGACGCAGUCGGAGAUCGAAGUGAACAGAGAUUUGAAGGUAGAUGACGAACAAACACGAAGUGGUUCUCAGAUGCAGUCUUUGCAGAUUGUAGAAGAGAGUGGGAAUGGAAGAACUCAAAAAGAGACAAAAGAAAAGAGCCAAGUCUACACAGUGCAUAUAGAAACUGUAUGUAGUAAUACAAAUGUAGGUACAACUGUCAGUACUAACGACACAAGCAAACCAAAGAAUGGUGACAAUGGACAGAAUACGCGCACGCUGCCGUUGUCUUUUUCUAACCCUGCCUUCCAGCUAUCCUUGAAGGCGCUGCGACAGAAAGAUGCAGGCACAGACAGCAUGAGUUCAGUGAACAGUACUCCAAGUAAUGGAGCCGAUUCGGACUUGUCAAACCGGGAUGGAGAUGUGUCACACAGCUCUUCCAGCAGUGGUGCUUCACCCCCGCGUCCAAGACGCACCAAGAAAGGCAAGAGCUUUCAUGCAGACAUUUCACAGGGUAAGCACAUAGCGCACGCCAGCAUUGAAGCACACACACUCCCGAAAGCAUCAUCCCGAUCACAUGCAGAGAUGAUCGGGGAUACCUUUCAGCCAACGGAAAGUCACUUGCCAGAGAGCUACAGCAGCAGCAGCUCCAUCCAUACAAAAAUGACUCUGCCUAUUGGUAGCACUUGCCGUAACAUUGACAGUUUACAGCCAAAGUCACCCACUGAGGCUGUCAAAGCACACAACUUUGCUCAGAGAGAAUACUUUUUCAAGAAUCUUAUUCCUCAAACAAUGGAUGAAACCUCUCUAGUGUUUGAUCCAAACAGCAAUAACCAGUCAACGCAGACGUCGGAAGCCAAUUUCAAAGUUGGCAGCAGCAGGAAGAAUGAUUUGCCACCGUUCACUCUAAACAUGCCAAAUCCGAAGACUCAAUUGUCACAGAAUUACAGUAACCAGGCUUCUGCUACGUUUCCUUUAGGUAGCAACAGACUGAACAUUGUACAGACCCAAGACAAAUCACACUCUGAGGUCACUCUACCCUUGGUAUCACAGCACAGAUCAAAUGAUCAGAUUGCGCACAUACGCAUAACACCAUCCCAAGUUGCUAAGAAAGUAGGGACUUUCCCAGUACUAGACACGCCCCGCCAGACACACAACCGGACUGCAAAUAACAGCACAGGACUGUCCCCGCAGAAUAGUCCUCCACUAAGGCAGAAAAUCAUCACCCAGCUCAGUUCCAAACCGAAGCAGACGAAUGAAGGAUCCACUUGCACCAUCAUCCAAGACUACUCGAUAACGGAGUCGUCCAUGCCUCAUGAGACCAGGCCUAGCAGAGUCAAGUCCGUACUCCAUCAUAGGCCUGUUCCUUCGGAAGCAUCCGUUAGCGAGGAUCCAGUCUGGACCAGACGAAGCCAGGACUCACCAUCUCAUGAAGAGGUCCAGUCAGCAGAGGAGAAACUACAGUAUGAGAAUGAGAUCUGCUACCUGAAGGAUGAAUUAGAGCGGAUGUCAUCCCAGCUGGCUGAGACCAAGAAACAGCUUGAAGAAGAGGAUGUCAAGGCCGAGGCUGCCCUCCAUGAGAUGAGGUUAAAGGUCGAGGAUACAGAGACAGAACUCAAGGUGCAGCAACAGGAGAAAGAGCAGCAGAUCAGAGAUGUCAUUAGCAGGGUUGAGUUGCGCUCCUCCGUAUGUCAAGUUGUAGAUGAUGAAAAGACCGAGGGGGAAUUCUGGUUGAUGUGCGUAGAAGAAGAGCUGCGGGCGGAGCAAGUGGAGAUGAGGGGUGCAGUCAAAGCCAAACAGAAGAUCAUCGACGCCCAAGAAAUUCGCAUCCAAUCCUUAGACCUGGCUAAUCAGAGACUCAUGAGGGCGCUACAGGCCUUGAAACAACGUUGUCUGACGACCAGUCAACAUUAGAAUGUCUUGUUGCUGUCUGACCCGGCAAGAGAUUAAAAAAUCAGAUUACAAACUAUCAGCAGUUAUACUGUAUACUUGUAGAGCUAACCAUUCUGGAACAUGUGUGGGCAGUGUUGGAUUUGUAGAAUCUAAGGCUUCUUCCUACCAGUGUUCCUUUACAAGAGAGUUUGAAACUCCUGUAUCUUGAAAGCAGACAUGGGCAGCGUAGCGAUCUCAAAUUCUAUUGACUCUCUUUACCAAGGUUUCUUGUUGAAAGAAUUUGAAAGGAAGAUAAGAUAGUAUCAAAUACAUUAUCGUAUUUGAGUUGUUGAAUUUUGAGAAAGGU